AUGCACUCUGAGCUCAAAAGAGGAAAUGAGCACCUGGAUCUUAAGUUCGUCGGUCCAAGUGCUUUUGGAUUGAUGAAGCAAAAAAGGGGUGGAAAGAUUGUUUUUGAAGGGAAAUUACCUUUAAUAAGAUUCGGAAUUUUUGCUGAAGAUAGUGAUCAAUCAGAUUCAGAAAAUCACUCUAAUCCUACAGAGAUUGAUGAUGUUGUGAUUUCAACUUCAGAGCCAGAGAUUGAAGAAGUUCGUGAUUCUCCUAUAACAAUAGUGGCAGAGGAACACAAUCGUCUACACAAUGUGGAAGUUGAAACACAGUUUGAAGAAGGCGAUGAGGAUCUUCAUGAAGAUGUUGAUUUUCUGAAAGAGAUAGAUUUCACUAGGAUCGGUGAUGAUCUCCCUUCAAGCAUUGAACACAAUCUUGACGAUGAUGAAUUUGGUCCAUUUCCAGGGUUUGACAGCAGGUACUUUAAAAAGGUCAAUGAAGUUGCUCAACCAGCAACCAAGACUGGGGAAGAAGUUAAUGCUCGCAAAAUUUUGCUCUCCUCUUCCAAGCCUAUGCAGGUCUGUUCAGGUCAAAGAGAUGUGAUUUCAGAGAUUCCUCCCUCUGAUUCAACUGUCUCUACUUCUGCUCCGCUUUUGAGGGUAUCAACACAGCAACAAACCUCCCAGUCUCCUUUGAAAGGAUGUCGAUCAGAUUCAAGACUAGGAGUGCCCUCUAUAAGCCAAGGACCACCAGUCUUAUCCACUUCUACCACCACUAAUGUCAUUACUACCACUACUACAAUCUCUAUUCCACCACUACAUUCAGAAGAACGCCCAAGCACAAUAUUUGAUGUAGGUGGUUCAUCCUCUAUUCCAUAG